AUGGAGGUCGCGGGUCGCAAGAAGGUGCCCGUGCCGUUCAUCUCGAGGACGCCGGUGGUGCUUUCCAGCGGUGGGCAGCACUGCCCUGCGAGCUUCAUGUACACGAGGGACUUUGAGCCGGGCUUGACCAACAUCCCUGGCGCCGGCAAGGACGCCGUCAUGCUUGUGUUCUGGAAGCGCGUGGGCGAUCCCAGGCCCGAUGCGGACGGCGUCCGCGCGCUGCUGGAGACGGAGCCCGCGCUCCUAGCCGCGGGCGGCAGUGUCGCGCUCCUGCUCCGGCCGGCCCACAGGGUCUGGAACGCCGUGCAGAGCACGUUAAUGCUGAACUCCGCCCCAGACGACCUGUGGGGCGUCCCCAUGUACACCAUCUCUUACGUGCUUUCCUUCCGAACCGCCGAGAUGGCGAGCAAGGACUUGGGAAACGACACCUCCAGCCUUGAGGAGGCCCAGAGGUUCUUGCGAGCGCGCGCAGCCGCUACCUUGGACAUCCGGGUCACCGACCCCGACGACGUCAGGGAAGGGCGGCAGCUGACAGCGCCCGCGAUCACAGACGACGAACUCGAGCGAUGCCCAGGGCACGUCUUCCAGAGGCACGACCUCAACGACCUCAACGAGGCGCAAACCAGAGUCCUGCAGCAGUCCCUCAAGACUCUGACACUGCUCGUGCGCGGCCCCCGUGGCACAGGGAAGGCUAAGACAAUUGCCGUUGCCUUUGACCUCUGGCUGCCGUGCGCGCCCCCAGACUGGGCCGUCGGCGUCUUCUCCGGCUCCAACACAAGAGCUGACAUGCUGAAGGGCGUCCAGCGCGUGGGAAAAUCGAGCCCCGAUUCAGGAUUCCCUCUCCAGGCCGUUAGACUGGCGUACCCAGACGAAGUGACAAACCAGGGGGCCCGCGAUCUCACAGUGGAGCGCUUCAGGGCAACCUGCAGCUUUGACCUUUACAUCGAGGGCGGCAAGAAGGACAAUCUACCAAGGCCCUCGCCAUCAGCGGUGGCGAGAAUCAGCGGUGACGAGAAUCAGCUCAAGCCCGCAGUCAUCUCCGACCGGGCCGCAGCCGCGGGCGCGUCCCUCUCCGUGCUCAAAAGGUUCCGCGAUUCAUUGGGGGCCGACCUGGAGCGCGACGUGCUCCCCGACUGGUGCUACCGCGUGCACCCAGGCAUCUUGCAGCGGCUGUCCUAUAGUUCUCGCGAAGGCAAGCUCGUGUCGGGGUUCGCGAACUGCUCCGCCCGGAAGCCCGCGUGGGCCCCCAUGGUGAGCGUCCACGCCGUUCGCGCGCAACGACCUGAAGGCCCCUGGCAGCGGUGGGCUCAGUAA